CCACACAUUCUCAACGGCAGGAUUUCUCAGAUAUCUUCCACUUCAACUGCGCGGCUGCUGCUUAAAUAUCACCCCCACCCAGCUACCUUCUUCGCCAUCGCCUCCGGUAGUUAGCCCUCAUGGAUUCUUUCUUCAGCAAGAUUCCGGCUUUUGCUUCCGGCGGUUCCGACAGCAGUGGCGCCGACAAGACUGGCUCCGGAGACUCCCACGGACACCAGCAGCAGAUGGACCCGACCGAGCUCUUCUCUAGCGCUAAAGUGGUGGCGGACGCGGCCAAGUCCACCUUCGGCGGCGCCGCUGACAAGGUCGACAAGGCUGCCGCCGCAGGAGCGGCCUCCGACUUGCUCGGUGCUGUGUCUCACUACACUAAGGCCGAGGAAAGCAGUUAUGGAAAGUACGUGGAGCAAGCGGAGACGUAUCUGGAACAGUAUCGCACCACCGGUGGUUCAGCUGCUGCUGCUGCCGCUCCGAAGACGGAGGAAGCAAAGGCGAAAGUAGAGGAAGCAGCGGCAAAGACUGAAGAAGCAGGGGCGAAAGUAGAGGAAGAAGGGGCAGAUAAAGCUCCUCCGGCGGAUGAUGACUCCGGCGAGGCUCAAUCCGGCGGAGGUGGCUUGGAAGGAUAUGCCAACUUGGCCCAGAAUUUGUUGAAGAAGUGAUUGCGAUGACUAAUGCGGUGUUUGUUGUUUUUUAUGAAAUAAAAACAUGUAUGAAGUCGAUCGCUUGUGUUUUAUGACAAAAGUUAUGUGUUUCUCGCUUUGAAUGCAUCUUACUUUGUUAAUCGCGAUGUAAUAAUGGAUAUGGAUUUUGGUGUGUA